AUGGCAAGACUCACUGAUGAUGCCGAAUACGAUGCCGGCAAAACGUCUGGGAAUGUACCACGUCCACGGUCCUACUCUGGAAAUGAUGAUGCAUACUCCGGACUAGUCCCCGUUCUGCCAUCAACUUUUUACGGCCCGUAUGUUUCUUUCUAUCACUUCGCCAGCGAAAUUGUGAGUCAACUCUUCAAUUCUGCUUCAAGGCAUGCCGCAAAUCUCGUGGAUCGACUAAUUGUUGAUGCCGACCGAUCUCUGGCACAACAGUCUUUUAAAAUCAUAUCAGCUUUACUUGACCUUGAGUUUUCAUGGACAUCUUCUAGAGUAAAAAAUCAGCCUUCCACCCCACUCUCUCAGCCAUUGCAGUUUAUUCGCGCUCUACUUGAAGACGGCUUGCUCGGUGUUAAGCUCUCGACAUAUACCUCCAAAGAUUUAAAUCAGGAAACUUGCCUCGAAACCCUGGAUCACUCGGUUGGGCCCAAGAAGAGUGAUAACGAAGAGGCUUUUUUUGGUAUUCCUGAUCGUCUACCUCGACUUCUGGCCUUAGCACGUUGCUCAGCUGGGCUCGGUGCUUGUUUCGGCCUUAUCGAUCGUUCCCUACGUCUUCUAUCCAGAUGGAAUACUGGAAUUGGCUUAACUCAUCUCGCACAUUCGGAGCACUGCAAUGUAUCUGAGGGGCAUGGACCAGAAGUUGAGCCAAAUAUCUUUGCAAUUACUGCAGCAGCAGGGGGGAUGGAAACAACAACGAAUACAUUAUUCAGUGUAGAUGGUGUUUUGCUUUGGAUGGCUCUUCAAUUAGCGCAGCGGCAGACCAAACUGCAGCAGAGCCGGGUCCUAGCUGGCCAGGCCAAACUUGCAGCAGGCAUUCUUUACGAAAAGUGA